AUGUUCAGCUUUGUGGAUUCAAGGACUGUACUGCUACUUGUAGCAACACAAGUCGUUCUAUUAGCCGUUGUCAGAUGUCAAGAGGAGGAUGACCAGGAUCCAGGUAGCUGCGUACAAGAUGGCCAGCGUUAUAGCGACAAGGAUGUGUGGAAACCCGAGCCAUGUCGUAUUUGUGUGUGCGACACGGGCACGGUCCUGUGCGACGAAAUUAUCUGCGAAGAUCUGAAAGAUUGUCCCAAACCAGAGAUCCCAUUCGGAGAGUGUUGCCCCAUCUGCGCUGCUGACCAAGCUCCACCCAGUGGGGCGCCUGGUGCAAAGGGUCAGAAGGGUGAACCUGGAGAUAUCACAGAUGUUGUAGGACCAAGGGGACCAUCAGGCCCAAUGGGACCCCCAGGAGAACAAGGACCACGUGGAGAGAGAGGACAGAAAGGAGAGAAAGGAAGCCCUGGCCCCCGUGGCAGAGAUGGCGAGCCUGGUACCCCCGGAAACCCCGGCCCCCCUGGACCCCCAGGGCCAAACGGACCUCCUGGCCUUGGCGGAAACUUUGCUGCUCAGAUGGCUGGUGGCUUUGACGAGAAAGCUGGAGGAGCACAGAUGGGUGUGAUGCAAGGACCAAUGGGCCCUAUGGGUCCAAGAGGACCUCCUGGACCAACUGGAGCACCUGGCCCACAAGGUUUCCAAGGCAACCCCGGUGAGGCCGGAGAGCCCGGCUCAUCUGGCCCAUUGGGUCCUCGGGGUCCCCCUGGUCCCCCUGGCAAACCCGGAGACGAUGGUGAACCUGGCAAGCCUGGUAAAUCUGGUGAACGUGGACCUCCUGGGCCUCAGGGAGCUCGUGGAUUCCCAGGAACUCCAGGUCUGCCUGGAAUUAAAGGACACAGAGGUUACCCUGGUCUGGAUGGUCCAAAGGGAGAGGCUGGAGCUGCUGGAGCCAAGGGAGAGGCAGGUGCUCCAGGUGAGAAUGGUGCCCCAGGACCCAUGGGCCCACGUGGUCUGCCUGGGGAGAGAGGACGUCCAGGACCCUCUGGAGCUGCUGGCGCUCGUGGUAACGAUGGCUUGCCAGGUCCCGCCGGUCCCCCUGGUCCCGUCGGUCCUGCUGGAGCUCCAGGCUUCCCUGGUUCCCCAGGUGCCAAGGGUGAGGCUGGCCCAACUGGUGCCCGUGGACCUGAGGGUGCGCAGGGACCUCGCGGAGAGCCUGGUACCCCUGGAUCUCCCGGUCCUUCUGGAGCCUCUGGUAACCCUGGUACUGAUGGUAUUCCUGGAGCUAAAGGUUCUGCUGGUGCUCCUGGUAUUGCUGGUGCUCCUGGUUUCCCAGGCCCCCGCGGCCCUCCUGGACCACAGGGAGCGACUGGACCUCUCGGACCAAAAGGACAAUCCGGUGACCCCGGUAUCCCAGGGUUCAAGGGUGAGGCUGGGCCUAAGGGAGAGAUUGGAGCUGCUGGACCUCAGGGUCCACCAGGCCCUGCUGGAGAGGAAGGAAAGCGAGGACCCAGGGGAGAGCCAGGCGCUGCAGGCCCCCUCGGCCCUCCCGGAGAGAGAGGUGCACCAGGUAACCGUGGUUUCCCAGGACAGGAUGGUCUGGCAGGUCCCAAGGGAGCCCCAGGUGAGCGCGGUCCCCCUGGUGUUUCUGGACCCAAGGGUGCCAACGGAGAUCCUGGCCGUCCCGGUGAACCCGGUCUCCCUGGUGCUAGAGGUCUAACCGGUCGUCCAGGUGAUGCUGGCCCACAGGGUAAAGUUGGUCCAUCUGGUGCCCCUGGUGAGGAUGGUAGACCAGGACCCCCUGGCCCUCAGGGUGCCCGUGGUCAGCCUGGCGUCAUGGGAUUCCCUGGACCCAAGGGUGCUACUGGUGAGCCUGGUAAAUCUGGAGAGAAAGGAUCACUUGGUGCUCCUGGUUUGAGAGGUCUGCCUGGUAAAGAUGGAGAGACCGGUCCUGCUGGACCCCCUGGCCCUGCUGGACCUGCAGGAGAGAGAGGAGAGCAAGGUCAGCCUGGACCCUCUGGCUUCCAGGGUCUACCAGGACCUCCUGGCCCCCCUGGUGAGAGUGGCAAGCCUGGUGACCAGGGAGUUCCUGGUGAGGCUGGGGCGGCUGGUGCUACUGGACCCAGAGGAGAGCGCGGUUUCCCAGGAGAGAGAGGAAGUGCUGGGCCUCAAGGCCUGCAGGGACCACGUGGUCUUCCAGGAACUCCAGGAACUGACGGACCCAAGGGUGCUAUCGGCCCAUCUGGUGCUCCCGGUGCCCAGGGACCACCUGGCCUGCAGGGUAUGCCCGGAGAGAGAGGAGCUGCUGGCAUACCAGGACCCAAGGGAGACAGAGGUGACAAUGGUGAGAAGGGACCUGAGGGAGCUCCUGGCAAAGACGGCGCCAGGGGUUUGACUGGUCCGAUUGGUCCUCCUGGUCCAGCUGGUCCCAACGGCGAGAAGGGUGAAUCAGGUCCUGCUGGACCCCCUGGGGCUGCCGGCACCCGUGGUGCUCCUGGCGACAGGGGUGAGACUGGUCCACCUGGGCCUGCUGGUUUUGCUGGUCCUCCUGGUGCAGAUGGGCAGCCUGGUGUGAAGGGAGAGCAAGGUGAAUCCGGUCAGAAGGGUGACGCUGGUGCCCCUGGACCCCAGGGUCCAUCUGGAGCUCCUGGACCUCAGGGACCAACUGGAGUGUCUGGACCAAAAGGAGCUCGUGGUGCUCAGGGACCCCCUGGUGCUACUGGAUUCCCUGGUGCUGCUGGAAGAGUUGGACCCCCUGGUCCCAAUGGUAACCCUGGUCCAGCUGGUCCUGCUGGUCCUCCUGGUAAAGACGGUCCUAAAGGUGUGCGUGGUGACCCUGGUCCCGCAGGCAGACAGGGAGAUGCUGGCUUGCGUGGUCCCGCUGGUCCCCCUGGAGAGAAAGGAGAUGCCGGCGAGGAUGGUCCUCCUGGUCCUGAUGGACCUGCAGGUCCCCAAGGUUUGGCAGGGCAGCGUGGUAUUGUGGGUCUUCCCGGACAGCGUGGAGAGAGAGGUUUCCCUGGCCUGCCUGGACCCUCAGGUGAACCUGGUAAGCAGGGAGCCCCUGGUGCUUCUGGAGACCGUGGACCUCCUGGGCCUGUGGGGCCCCCUGGUCUGACUGGCCCUGCUGGAGAGCCUGGCAGAGAGGGUAAUCCUGGAUCUGAUGGUCCCCCUGGCAGAGACGGUGCCCCUGGAAUCAAGGGUGACCGUGGUAAUACUGGUCCUGCUGGUGCUCCUGGUGCCCCUGGUGCUCCUGGCGCUCCUGGUCCUGUUGGCCCAACUGGGAAACAGGGAGACAGAGGAGAGGCCGGACCACAAGGACCUGCUGGACCGCCUGGACCUGCUGGGGCAAGAGGAAUGGCUGGACCCCAAGGUCCUCGUGGAGAUAAAGGAGAGGCUGGUGAGGCAGGAGAGAGAGGUCAGAAAGGACACAGAGGCUUCACUGGUUUGCAAGGUCUGCCUGGACCUCCUGGUCAGGCUGGUGACCAGGGUGCUGCCGGACCUGCUGGACCUUCUGGGGCAAGAGGACCCCCUGGCCCUGUUGGCCCUGCCGGUAAGGAUGGAGCUAACGGCCUGCCUGGACCCAUCGGACCCCCUGGACCGCGUGGUCGCUCUGGAGAGCCUGGACCUGCUGGUCCUCCCGGUAACCCUGGACCCCCUGGUCCUCCUGGUCCUCCAGGCCCUGGCAUUGACAUGUCUGCCUUUGCCGGCCUGUCUCAACCUGAGAAAGCCCCAGAUCCUCUGAGAUACAUGAGGGCCGACCAGGCAGCUGGAGGCCUGCGUCAGCACGACGCCGAAGUGGAUGCCACCCUCAAGUCCCUCAAUAGUCAGGUCGAGAACAUCCGCAACCCUGAAGGUUCAAAGAAGAACCCAGCUCGCACCUGCAGAGACCUGAAACUCUGCCAUCCAGACUGGAAGAGUGGUGAGUACUGGAUCGAUCCAAACCAGGGCUGCACAGUUGAUGCCAUCAAGGUCUUCUGUAACAUGGAGACUGGUGAGACCUGUGUGUACCCCAGGCCUGCCAGCAUUCCACGCAAGAACUGGUGGACCAGCAAGAGUGGAGACCGCAAACAUGUGUGGUUCGGAGAUACCAUGAAUGGUGGUUUCCAUUUCAGCUAUGGUGAUGACAGCCUGGCACCCAACACAGCCAGCAUCCAGAUGACCUUCCUGAGACUCCUGUCUACAGAGGCCUCACAGAACAUCACCUACCACUGUAAGAACAGCGUGGCCUACAUGGACCAGGCCACAGGCAACCUGAAAAAGGCUGUGCUACUGCAGGGCUCCAAUGAUGUGGAGAUCAGAGCUGAGGGUAACAGUCGCUUCACGUACAGUGUUCUGGAGGACGGCUGCACGAGACACAAUGGACAAUGGGGCAAGACUGUAAUUGAGUACAAGUCCCAGAAGACCUCUCGACUGCCCAUUGUAGACAUUGCCCCUAUGGAUAUUGGUGGAGCCAACCAGGAGUUUGGAGUUGACGUUGGCGCUGUCUGCUUCUUGUAA